GUAGUCCGGAGCCAGACCAGCCACGGAUAAGAUGGUGUCUUCGUAACUCGGCGCUUGGGCUUGGCCUGUUGGAGCCUGCGCCCGGGGCGGGUCUCAAAGAGCGGGUCCCCGCUCCGGACCUCCUAUAUCGGGCUUGAGCUGAUCUUCUUCCAAGGCAGGACUGCUUACUCUAAGGGCCCCAUCAUUACGGGGAAAGGCAGCCAAGUUCGCGAGGUAGAGGCCGAGGGAGCGAGUCGACCAGCAAAGCCUUAGGGGAAAUGUAGUCCAACGUCGGAGAAACAGCGGUAGAAGGUAAUGAACUGACGAAGCUCGGUGUGAUCCUCUUGAAGUGAGAAGACAACUCUGGAUGGUGGAGAAAGAAGUGGAAAGGAGAUCUGUCCAGGUCAUACACAGAGACGUCCCACAAAUGUAAGAAAUGUGGAAAUACCUCCAGCCAAAAGUAAAUCUUCAUUCAUCAAAAAAUUCAUCCUGGAGAGAGAUCUUGUGAAUGUGGGAGAACUUCCAUUCAGAUGUCACACCUCAGUCAGCAGAGAAAUAGUAGAGGGGACAUCCCCUUUGCCUGUAAGGUAUGUGGGAAAAUUUUCAGUCACAAGUCAAAUCUCACUGAACAUGAGCAUUUUCAUAAUAGAGAGAAACCUUUUGAAUGCAAUGAAUGUGGAAAAGCCUUCAGCCAAAAGCAGUAUGUCAUUAAACAUCAGAACACCCAUACUGGAGAGAAGCUUUUUGAAUGUAACGAGUGUGGAAAAUCCUUCAGCCAGAAGGAAAAUCUCCUUACCCAUCAGAAAAUUCACACUGGAGAGAAACCUUUUGAGUGUAAGGAUUGUGGGAAAGCUUUCAUUCAAAAGUCAAACCUCAUCAGACACCAGAGAACUCACACCGGAGAGAAGCCCUUUGUGUGUAAGGAAUGUGGAAAAACCUUCAGUGGCAAAUCAAAUCUUACUGAGCAUGAGAAAAUUCAUAUUGGCGAGAAACCCUUUAAAUGCAGUGAGUGUGGAACCGCUUUUGGCCAGAAGAAGUACCUCAUAAAACAUCAGAACAUUCACACUGGAGAGAAACCCUAUGAAUGUAACGAAUGUGGAAAAGCCUUCUCUCAACGAACGUCACUUAUUGUACAUGUGAGGAUUCAUUCAGGUGAUAAGCCUUACGAAUGCAAUGUUUGUGGAAAGGCCUUCUCUCAAAGUUCAUCUCUUACAGUGCAUGUGAGAAGCCAUACAGGUGAGAAGCCCUAUGGUUGUAACGAAUGUGGGAAAGCCUUCUCGCAGUUUUCGACGCUUGCUCUGCAUUUGAGAAUACACACAGGUAAGAAGCCUUAUCAGUGCAGUGAGUGUGGGAAAGCUUUUAGCCAGAAGUCACAUCACAUUCGACACCAGAAAAUCCAUACACAUUAAAAACCCGGUGAAUAUCUUGAAAAUUGGAAAGCAUUCAUCAUUAUGCACCUCGUCAUACAGCAGAAAUAAUUGUUGUGAAGGCAGACAUCACAAAUGAGUGGAACAAAAGCUUAAAAACUUACAGGACACCAGAAAAUUCAUCCUGCAGAGAAAGACAAUUAUAAUGACUUAAAGCCUGUGCUCACAGAAACCCUUUAGCAAAGUUAAUGCUGAAACCAGGCACAUUUCCACUAAAAUUGGGAAUGGAAACUAUGCUUGUUACCACUGCCAUCUGCACAGACGUGUAGAUGUUCACCAACGUCAUAAGAAAAUUAAGUUACAAGUACUGGGAAGGAAGAGACCUUUAUGAUAACGAUUUUAGCAGAACAGAUUCUAGAAAUAUGCUUUUAUUAGAAUUUAGAAUAUGAUAGAAAUGACAUCAGGUGGUAAGGUGAUUAUGGAACAAAUGAUCUGGAGGUACUUUUUUCUCCAAGGAAAAUAAAUAGACCAUAAACUCCAUGCAAAGCUGAGAUCUACGAUAAUUAAAACAAAUAGGAAAAUACUAUAUACUAAAAUGGUUAUGACUUUGGGAAGAGGAAAACAUUCCUUGUGAUAAAUUCAAAGAUAUCUAGCAGUUCUACUGAGUGUGUAUGCUUGGGAAAUACGUACCAGGCUGUUGACUGUGGCAUGAUUUGUAGUAGCCGUUAAGUUACAAACAACUUAAAUGCCUGUCUGGAUCAAAAAUGGAAAAUACUUACGAUACUGUAUAUCUGUAACAUGCAUCACAGGAGAUCUACAUGGAAUGCAGAGGAAGAUGUCAGAUACGGUGAGGGUGAGAAAGGAAGAUGUGGAAUGACGUCGAUGACAUUUUUGUAAAUUUGAAUUAAAACUUCCCUCUUUAAGAUUCAGUACUAUAUAUUGAUAAUGGAUAUAUAUGUAUGUUUUGUUUUUUUUUUUUUAAUGUUUUUUGAAAUGGAUUGGAAGGAUACAGACCAAACUCUUGGUAGUGGUUGCCUGUGAAGAGUGGUGAAGGGAAGGGGAUGCGUGUGGGGAGGGGGUGGGGAUUGGUUAAAGGGGACUUGAGUUUUAUAUAUAAACAUCCAUUUCUCUUUUAAAAAACUGCAAGUAAAUAUAUCAAAAUACCUAGAUAAUUCUGAAUUGUGGUAUAUGGAUAUCUUGUCUUAUUUUUUGUACUUUUCUGUAUUUUUAAAUUUUCUCAAAAUUAUUAAGGAUGGGGGUGAGGAUGGGAACACUACCUGUAGAAAUCGUGUUCUAAUGGAUUCAUUCCCAAUCACAUACUAAACUUUUUAUAGAAAAUAUUUCUAAAAUUUUAUCAGUAAUGAGUGGAUGGACUUGCUCUCUAUGUAAUAUGAAAUUAUCUAUUUUAUUAAAAUUAAAAAUAAUAGCAUAACCCAAAUCUGUUGUAAUUUA